ACUGACUUUUUCCCCCCGUGAAGGCACAUUUCCUUCCUAGCCUUCGCUUCACUUAUCUGAGGUGGGUUUUUUUAAGAGAAGCAUGGGGAGUUGCUAGAGGGGGAAAAUGGAUUCUGUCUUUCACCUCCUGCUUUCUACCUGCCUUGCCUUGACGUUCUCAGAAGGGUUUCUGAUUAUCCAUGUCCAGAAACAGCAGUGUCUUUCAGAAAAGAGGGGAGUCAUUGUGGAGAAGUGCAACCUGACCAACCUCAACCAGCAGUGGCAGUGGACAGCAGAGGACAGGCUCCUGCACCUGAAGUCCGCCCAGUGCCUGAGCAUCUCCACGCGCUCUGCCCUCUCCUCCCGCAGCAUCGUCGUCGACUGUCCCCGGGCGGUCAGCUGGACCUGCCAGGAGGAGGAUGGGCUCCUGAGGGUGGCCAACACUUCUCUCUUUCUCACAAAGCAAGGCCAGAAGGUGAUGGCCAAACAGAGCAAGAAAUACCUUCAUACGUGGAUGCAGCUGGAAGCCAGCGAGACGGGGAAGCCUGUGUAUGUAAACCUGUGCUCAAAGCAAGAUCUCCAAGAUGCAGAGACUGUGUGGAGUACUAGAUCUACAUCCCCCUCUUUGAGCACUGUAACCUCUAGGCCUGAAAGUCUGCUGAAGAGCAGCACAGAGAUGUUCAUCAGCAAUGGGACUGAGCACUUCAGCAAGAACCUCAUUGACGACCUCUACUUUGACUUCAAAUCUGCAGUAACAGAGAAAGCCUGGAUUCCAGUGACCACCCUGCAAUCCUCCAGCACUACAGAAGAGGCCGCGCCGGGGGCGCCGGGGGGAUGCAGAGCCAACGUCACGGAGCAGUUCGUCGCCGGGCAGAGCGUCCGGCUGCGCUGGGGCGCCGCGGGCAGCGCCUGCAACUUCAGCCUGACCGGGCGCUCCGAGGAGGGGCAGGCGGCCGGCUGCCAGCCUGCCGCCGCGGGCAACGGCUCCUACGGAUGCACCCUGCGCGACCUGGAGGCCGGGACCUGGUACCACCUCCGCAUCGAGUCGCUCGCCGACGGGGAAGUCGUCAACGUCUCCGUGCUGACAGAUCCUUCCCCACCGCUCCGUUUCGCAGUCAAUAAGGACAAAACUACGCUCACGAGCUUGCAGGUCCAGUGGGAUCCUGCCUCAGGAAAGGUGGACCUGUAUGACCUGCUGUUGUUUGAUCACAGUAACAAAAAGAUAGCAGAAGUCUCCAUAGCAGGGAGAAUUUCCAAACCAGAACAUACUUUCUCCGGUCUCACCCCUGGGAACAAAUACAACGUUGUCCUCAGGGCAGCGGCUGGGAACAAGAGCAGCCCGGAGCUUCGCAUCAGCGGAUCUACUGUGCCAUCCCCUGUGAAGAACAUCCAGGUCAGUGUCAGGACAGACACUAUCCAAGCUUCCUGGUCUCCUGGCUCGGGACACGUGGAUCGGUACAGGCUGCUGUUACUGGACGGCCACGUCCCCGUUCAUGAGGUCCAGCAAGAAGAUCCUCUGACCUCCUACACUUUCUCAGGACUUACAGCAGGCCACCUGUAUAACCUCUCUGUCAUAGCCCAGGCUGCAGGUCUGGAGAGCAGCAGUUUCCAAGCAGUCAGGACAGCCCCAGCCGAGGUCUUGGAUUUGGCAGUGACUAACGACGGCAGCUUAGAUACUUUAAAAGUUAAGUGGAGAAGACCUCCAGGAGACCUCAGUUUCUACAAUAUCACUCUGUCUCAUCUUGGAUCAGUUAAAGAAGUCAAAACUGUGCAGCCACCGGGGACAGAGACUCGCUUUGAGAAGCUGGCUGCAGGACGCCUCUACCAGGUGGCUGCGCGCACCGUGAGCGGUGAGCUGUUUGCCGAGCGCAUGGCGCAGGGCAGGACAGUUCCCCAGCAGGUUUCGGAGCUGCAAGCGGGCGGCGGCGGCUGGCUGCGCGCUCUGCGGGUGAGCUGGCUGCCCCCUAGCGGAGACUGGGAGAGGUACCGCCUGCUCCUCUGGAACCGCUCCGCGCUGCUGCUCAACACCACCCUCCGCAAGGACGCCACCGAGCACCUCAUCCACGACCUGGGCCUCAUCCCGGGCAGGCAGUACGAUGUGGACGUCGUGGUGGAGAGUGGCGAUUUGCAGAGCAAGGCUAGCUGCACCGGGAGGACAGCUCCAGAGGCUGUGCUGCAGCUCCGUGUCAAGCAUGCCAAUGAAACUUCACUCAGCAUCAUGUGGCUGACCCCCGUUGCAGAAUGGGACAGCUAUGUGGUUUCACUGGGAGACAGGGACCUUACUGUCAUCAAAAAGGGGCUUGCAAAAGAAGCUAAGGAGUUCACCUUCACUGACCUGGUGCCUGGAAGAAAAUACACAGCCACCAUCACUACCAUCAGUGGGAUUUUAAGCAACUGGACAUCAGUGGAAGGAAGAACAGUGCCAGCCCAAGUGACUGGGCUGACCCUGGACAGCCAGGGAUCCACCAACAGCUUGUUCACCAACUGGACAAGAGCUCUGGGAGAUGUAGACUCCUACCAAGUGCUACUGAUCCAUGAGAAUGUGGUCAUCAAGAAUGAGACUGUGCCCAGUGAAACCAACAGAUACCACUUCUAUCCCCUGAAGCCUGGAGGACUCUACUCAGUUGUUGUCACCACUGUCAGCGGGGGGAUAGCCUCCAGGCAAACCAUCGCAGAGGGGAGGACAGUGCCUUCCAGCGUGAGCGGAGUGACAGUGAACAACUCAGGCCGCAGUGACUACCUCAGCGUUUCCUGGCUGCCAGCUCCUGGAGAUGUGGACAGUUACCUGGUGACCCUCUCUCAUGCUGACCAGGUUGUCCAGACCCUCACUGUUUCCAAAUCCUUCAGUGAGUGCUCCUUCAGCAGCCUGACUCCUGGAAUGCUUUACAGUGUGAUGAUAACCACAAAGAGUGGGAAGUAUGAGAACUAUUCCUUCAGCCAGGAACGAACAGUCCCUUCAAGCGUGCAGGGGCUCACUGUCAGCAACUCAGCCAGGAGUGACUACUUGAAGGUGUCCUGGUUACAUGCCUCUGGAUAUUUUGAUAAUUAUGAAGUGGUCAUCAAGAACAACCACGAUUUCAUCCAGACAAAAAGUGUCCCCAAGGAUGAAAAUGAGUGUGUCUUCACCAACCUGGUGCCAGGGAGGCAGUACAGUGUCAUGGUCAGCACCAGGAGCGGCAAGUACGAAACCAGUGAGAGGGUCUACGGCAGAACGAUGCCGGAAUCAGUGAAGGAGCUGACUCUCAGUAACAGGAGCACGGAAGACUUGCAGGUCACUUGGUCAAAGGCUGAGGGGGAUGUUGAUAAAUAUGAGAUUCAGCUCCUCUUCAAUGAUAUGAAGAUCCUCCCUCCCAUUUUCCUGGGGAACACCGUUGAGGAGUGCUGGUUCACAGCUCUGACUCCCGGCCGUCUGUACAAAAUCGUCGUCCUGACCAUCAGCGGGGAUGCACAGCGUGCUACCUUCAUAGAGGGCCUGACAGUCCCAAGUGCGGUCAGAAACAUUCAUGUGUCUCCUAAUGGCAUGACAAACAGCCUGAGAGUGAGCUGGACUCCUGGGAGUGGAGAUGUUGAUUCCUACACAGUGAGCCUGUUUCAGCAAAGCCAUCAGCUGGAUUCCCAGAGUGUCUCCAAGCACGUCUCUGAGCACACGUUUCACAAGCUGGAGGCUGGGGAGCAGUACCGGGCCGUGGUGCAGUCCAACAGUGGCAGCUUGCACAACAGCUUAGAAGCUCUGGGGAGGACAGUUCCAGCCUCUGUGCAGGACUUGCUGGCCCAUCAUGCUUACAGCAGUCACUCCUUGUUAGUAACCUGGCAGAAAGCUCCUGGUGUGGCUGAAAGAUACGACAUUCUGCUCUUAAAUGAGGAAGGAGUCCUCCUGAGCAACAAAUCAGAGCCAGCUACUGCCAAACAGCACAAAUUUGAAGAUCUGCUCCCUGGCAAGAAGUAUAAAAUCCAAGUGCUGACAGUCAGCGGAGGGCUCUUCAGCAGGCGGGCAGAGACUGCGGGCCGGACAGUUCCAGCAGCUGUCACGAACCUGAAGGUCACAGAGAACACCACUGACCGACUGUCCUUCAGCUGGACCACCUCUCAAGGGGAGCUGGACUCCUAUGACAUCUUCCUGUACAACCCAGACAAGUCCCUCCAUGACAGGAUUUCAGGAGAGCAGCACCUGCAGCAGUGCUCCUUCCAGAACCUGCGGCAGGGCAGGAUGUAUCGGAUGGUGAUCGUCACCCACAGCGGAGACCUCACCAAUGAGUCCUCUGUCUUUGGAAGAACAGUCCCAGCCCCAGUUGUGGGUCUGAAGGCAUCCAACCGCAACCGGACGGACAGCCUGUGGUUCACCUGGGGGGCGGCAGCAGGAGAUGUUGACUUCUAUGAGCUGAAUCUCUACAACCCAAAUGGGACACAGAAAGAAACAUGGAACAGGAAAGACCUGAGAGAGUGGCAUUUCCAGGGGCUGGUUCCUGGCAGGAAGUACACUCUGGUUGUGGUGACUCACAGUGGUGACCUGACCAACGCAGCCAAUGCUGAAGGAAGAACAGCACCCAGCCCUCCUAACUCUGUAUCCUUUACUGAUGUUGCAAACACCUCAUUAUCAGUCACUUGGCUGGGUCCUCCAGAGUGGACAGACUAUGAUGAUUUUGAGUUGCAGUGGCUCCCAAAGGAUGCCCUCACAGUCUUCAACCCCUACAGCAGCAGCAAAUCUAAAGUCCGCAUCAUCUACGGCCUGCGGCCGGGGCGGCUCUAUCAGUUCAGUGUCAGGACUGUCAGCGGCGACAGCUGGAGGACAUACAGUCAGUCACAGUCUGCAACUGUGAGAACAAAGCCAGACAAGAUACAAAGCCUUCACUGUCGGCCCCAGACGUCCACUGCCAUCGCGUGCUCCUGGACUCCUCCGGACUCUGACUUCGAUGGCUACAGCGUGGAGUGCAAGAAGAUGGACACUCGUGAGGUGGAGUUCUCUAAAAGGAUAGACAAAGACAAAUCCCUGCUGAACAUCAUGACCCUGGUGCCCCACAAGCGCUACCUGGUGUCCAUCAAGGUGCACUCUGCGGACAUGAGCAGCGAGGUGGUGGAGGACAGCACCAUCACCAUGAUCGACCGUCCCCCCCAGCCACCUCCAGACAUAAGAGUGAACAAAAAAGAGGUGCUGAUUACCAAGUCCUCCAUCAACUUCACUUUUAACUGCAGCUGGUUUAGUGAUACCAAUGGAGCUGUGAAGUACUUCACUGUGGUGGUGAGAGAGGCUGAUGGUAGUGAAGGACCAAAGCCUGAUGAGCAGCACCCAUUGCCUUCCUACCUGGAGUACAAGCACAACGACUCUGUGCGCAUCUACCAGACAAACUAUUUUGCCAGCAGAUGUACUGAGAGCCCUGACAGGGACUAUAAAAGCUUUGACAUUAACCUGGGAGGAGAAAUGGACAACCUGGGAGGACGGUGUGAUCCGGAGCAGCAAAGAUUCUGUGAUGGACCUCUAAAGCCUCGGACUGCCUACAGGAUCAGCAUCAGAGCUUUUACCCAGCUCUUCAGUGAGGACCCAAAGGAGCUCCCUAAACCGCUCUUUGCCGACACCUUCUUCUCCUUACCCAUCACGACGGAGGCAGAGCCUCUCUUUGGAGUUAUUGAAGGUGUGAGUGCUGGCUUGUUCCUGAUUGUGAUGUUAGUGGCUGUUACUGCCUUAUUUGUCUGCAGACAGAAAGUGAGCAGUGGCCACGAGAGACCUACGGCAAGGCUGAGCAUCCGCAGGGACAGGCCGCUGGCAGUGCAUCUGAACUUGGGGCAGAAAGGGAACCGGAAAACAUCCAGUCCCAUCAAAGUCACUCAUUUUGAAGCACACUUCACCAAGCUGCAAGCAGAUUCCAACUACCUCCUGUCCAAGGAGUAUGAGGACUUGAAAGAUGUGGGUCGAAACCAGACGUGUGACAUAGCACUUCUGCCAGAGAACAGAGGGAAGAAUCGAUACAAUAACAUAUUGCCCUAUGAUACAUCAAGAGUGAAGCUCUCCAAUGUGGAUGAUGACCCUUGCUCAGACUACAUUAAUGCAAGCUACAUCCCAGGCAAUAAUUUCCGCAGGGAAUACAUAGCGACUCAGGGCCCUUUGCCUGGCACCAAAGAUGAGUUCUGGAAGAUGGCAUGGGAGCAGAAUGUCCAUAAUGUUGUCAUGGUAACCCAGUGUGUGGAGAAGGGCAGGGUGAAGUGUGACCACUACUGGCCCCUUGACCAGGACUCCCUGUACUAUGGGGACCUGAUUGUGGAGAUGCUCUCCGAGUCGGUGCUCCCGGAAUGGACCAUCCGAGAGUUUAAAAUCUGCAGUGAAGAGCAGCUCGACUCAGCGAGGCUCAUUCGACACUUCCACUACACUGUCUGGCCAGACCAUGGGGUGCCAGAGACCACCCAGUCCCUCAUCCAGUUUGUCAGAACUGUAAGGGACUAUAUCAACAGGACCCCAGACACAGGACCAACCAUAGUGCACUGCAGUGCUGGUGUUGGCAGGACUGGCACAUUCAUCGCCCUGGACCGCAUCCUGCAGCAGCUGGACUCCAAGGACACUGUGGACAUCUAUGCAGCAGUGCAUGACCUCAGGCUUCACCGGGUUCACAUGGUGCAGACAGAGUGCCAGUAUGUGUACCUGCACCAGUGUGUGAGAGACGUCUUAAGGGCCAGGACGCUGCGCAGUGAGCAGGAAAAUCCCUUGUUCCCCAUCUAUGAAAAUGUGAAUCCAGAGUAUCACAGAGAUGCUGUUUAUUCAAGGCACUAAAGAAUGUUUGCAGCCACCUGCUUUU